AUGACGAAGAACGCAGACACCAUCACCGUCGCGGGCGUCCAGCUCAACACGGGCCUGUUCAUCAAUAACGAGUGGGUCGCGGGCCGCGGCGAGCCGUUGCAGUCCAUCGACCCAGCGACGGAGGAGGUCAUCGCGACGAUCCAAACCGCUACGCCUGAGGACGUGGACGAUGCCGUGGCGGCGGCGCGCAACGCUUUCGAAAACACGUGGGGCACGAACGUGUCGGGGCAGGAGCGCGGACAGCUGCUCUUUGCGCUCGCGGACCAGGUCGAGCAGAACAUUGAGCGUCUAGCCGCUCUUGAGGUGGUUGAUGCCGGCAAGCCUUGCGCCUGGGCACGCGUCGACAUGGAAGACACUGUCGCGUGCCUGCGCUACUACGCGGGGUGGGCGGACAAGAUCCACGGCACGACGAUUGAAAUCGACGACAAAGAGAAACACGCCGUGGCGCGCAAAGAGCCGAUCGGGGUCGUCGCGCAGAUUGUGCCGUGGAACUACCCGAUCCUCAUGCUUGCGUGGAAGGUGGGGCCGGCGCUCGCGGCGGGCUGCAGCAUCGUCUUCAAGGCGGCGGAGCAGACGCCGCUCUCGACGCUGCUGUUCGCCGAGCUCGUGCGCGCGGCGGGAUACCCCGCCGGCGCGUUCAACCUCGUCAACGGCGUCGGCGCCGUGACGGGGGACGCGCUCGCGCGGCACAUGGACGUGGACAAGAUCGCGUUCACGGGCUCGACGGCGACGGGGCGCCGCAUCGCCGUCGCGGCCGCGCAGAGUAAUUUGAAAGCUGUGACGCUCGAGCUCGGCGGCAAGUCGCCGAACAUUGUGUUCGAGGACGCGGACGUGGGCGAGGCGGCAAAGUGGGCCGCCUUCGGCGUGUUCGAGAACAUGGGCCAGAGUUGCUCCGCCGGCUCGCGCGUCCUCGUGCAGGCCGGCGUGUAUGAUGCUUUCGUGGCUGAGUUCAAGCGCCAAGCUGAGGCCUUCGCUGUCGGCGACGUCAAUGACCCCAAGACGUUCCAGGGCCCGCAGGUGUCCAAGCUCCAGUUCGACAAGAUCAUGGGAUACAUUGCGGAGGGGAAGAAGGGCGCGCGCCUCGUCACGGGCGGCGAGAGGCACGGGAGCAAGGGGUACUUUGUGCAGCCGACGGUGUUUGCCGACGUCGAGAUGGGGACCAAGAUCGCCGACGAGGAGAUCUUUGGGCCCGUCGCGAGCGUCAUCAAGUUCGGGAGCGAGGAGGAAGGGAUCAAGAUUGCGAAUGAUACGAGUUACGGCCUCGCCGCCGCCGUGCAUUCGCAGAACUAUGCGCGCGUGCAGCGCGUCACGCGGCGACUGAAGGCGGGCACGGUGUGGGUGAACCAGUACACACUUCUCUCGCACGCAAUCCCCUUCGGCGGAUACAAGCAGAGCGGAUGGGGGCGGGAGCUGGGCGCUGCGGGCCUCGAGCCCUAUCUGACGACCAAGAGCGUGCACCACUACUACGGCGGGCCGUUCGAGUGGCCGAUUAAUCUGUCCAAGUUGUAG